GGGACGGGGGCAGGGCCGGGAACCUGGGCAGGCCAAUAAAGGCUGCGGCGCGCGGCUGCGCGGGACUCGGCCUUCUGGGCGCGCGCGACGUCAGUUUGAGUUCUGUGUUCUCCCUGCGCGUGUCCCGCCCGACUCGCGCCCGCGAUGCUGGCGCUGCGCUGCGGCUCCCGCUGGCUCGGCCUGCUCUCCGUCCCGCGCUCCGUGCCGCUGCGCCUCCCCGCGGCCCGCGCCUGCAGCAAGGGCGCCGGCGACCCGUCCUCUUCCUCCUCCUCCGGGAACCCGCUCGUGUACCUGGACGUGGACGCCAACGGGAAGCCGCUCGGCCGCGUGGUGCUGGAGUUGAAGGCAGAUGUCGUCCCAAAGACAGCUGAGAACUUCAGAGCCCUGUGCACUGGUGAGAAGGGCUUCGGCUACAAAGGCUCCACCUUCCACAGGGUGAUCCCUUCCUUCAUGUGCCAGGCGGGCGACUUCACCAACCACAACGGCACAGGCGGGAAGUCCAUCUACGGAAGCCGCUUUCCUGACGAGAACUUUACACUGAAGCACGUGGGGCCAGGUGUCCUGUCCAUGGCUAAUGCUGGUCCUAACACCAACGGCUCCCAGUUCUUCAUCUGCACCAUAAAGACAGACUGAGCAUUUCAGUAUCCUGUUACCUCCCCGUGCGGAACAAAGAAUACUCCACUUUUGAUAGAUGGGGUUACCAGGAUUCAGGCUACAUGGCCUGAGGCAAGGUCACAACAUGAGUGACAGAAUGUGUCCUGGAAGCCAGGCAUCCUCUGGGGUGUAUUUGGGGCGCUCAACAAGGCUUGAUCGAGCUUUGGGGGUAGAUCUAGCUAUUCCAUGGGGAUUCUUUUCAGAAUUGCUGUUUUCGGUAACUAAUUCCAUGACCAGGUCCAUGGCAUUGGAUGACAUUGCGCUACACUGUUGCUCACCCGGGUCACCCGUCCUCACAGGUUGGAUGGCAAGCAUGUUGUGUUCGGUCACGUCAAAGAGGGCAUGGACGUCGUGAAGAAAAUAGAAUCUUUCGGCUCUAAGAGUGGGAGGACAUCCAAGAAGAUUGUCAUCACAGACUGUGGCCAGUUGAGCUAAUCUGUGGCCAGGGUGCUGGCACGGUGGCAGCUGCAAAUGUCCAUGCACCCAGGUGGCCGCGUUGGGCUGUCAGCCAAGGUGCCUGAAACGAUACGUGUGCCCACUCCACCGUCACGGUGUGCCUGAGGAAGGCUGCUAGGGAUGUUAGACCUCGGCCAGGACCCACCACAUUGCUUCCUAAUACCCACCCUUCCUCACGACCUCAUUUCUGGGCAUCUUUGUGGACGUGAUGUCACCCACCCCUUGUCAAGCAUUGCCUGUGAUUGCCCAGCCCAGAUUCAUCUGUGCCUUGGACAUGGUGAUGGUGAUGGGUUGCCAUCCAAGUGAAGGUCUUUUCCUUGACCAAGGGGGACAGUCAGUUUUGCAAAAGGACUCUAAUACCUGUUUAAUAUUGUCUUCCUAAUUGGGAUAAUUUAAUUAACAAGAUUGACUAGAAGUGAAACUGCAACACUAACUUCCCCAUGCUGUGGUGUGACCUGAGUUGGUGACACAGGCCACAGACCCCAGAGCUUGGCUUUUGAAACACAACUCAGGGCUUUUGUGAAGGUUCCCCCCGCUGAGAUCUUUCCUCCUGGUUACUGUGAAGCCUGUUGGUUUGCUGCUGUCGUUUUUGAGGAGGGCCCAUGGGGGUAGGAGCAGUUGAACCUGGGAACAAACCUCACUUGAGCUGUGCCUAGACAAUGUGAAUUCCUGUGUUGCUAACAGAAGUGGCCUGUAAGCUCCUGUGCUCCGGAGGGAAGCAUUUCCUGGUAGGCUUUGAUUUUUCUGUGUGUUAAAGAAAUUCAAUCUACUCAUGAUGUAUUAUGCAUAAAACAUUUCUGGAACAUGGAUUUGUGUUCACCUUAAAUGUGAAAAUAAAUCCUAUUUUCUAUGGAAGACUGGUACCUGGUUUCUGGAAUAGGGGUCUGUAACUUGGAGCUGAUCUUUACUGAGCUCGCCGUGGCAGAUGCCAUGCUCAGGACGUUCAUGUGGAUGGUUUCAUGUCAUCGUGCUGGCAACUUGUCCUCCCUGCCUUAGAGAUGAGGCUCAGACAAACGACCUUAGCACCCAUAGCCUAUGCCAUGAGCACUGGCUCCACCCUGAAUCCCAGCUCCUCCCCUUAGUGACCCCAAGUCUGUUUCCCUCAGCUGCAUAAGGAGGCGAUAUAGUUUGAAUAUUUGUCCCCAGCCAAAUCUCAUGUUGAACUGUAAUCCCCAGUGCUGGAGGUGGGGCCUGGUACGAGGUGUUUGGAUCAUGGGGACGGGUAUUUCAUGGCUUGGUGCUGUUUUCUUGAUAGUGAAUUAUUGCAAGAUAUGGUCAUUUAAAAUUGUGUGGCACCUCCCCCUGCCCCCUUCUUGCUCCUGCUUUCACCAUGUGACAUGCCUGAUCCCCCUUCACCUUUUGCCGUGGUCAUAAGCUUCCUGAGGCCUCCCUGGAAGCUGAGCAGAUGCCAGCACCAUGCUUCUUGUACAUCCUGCAGAACCAUAAGCCAAUUAAACCUCUUUAAUAAUAAA